AUGGAGGAUUCAUUGAAGCAUCAUAAUACAGAAAACUUACUUAAUCAAUUACGAAUAUGCAUUGCUAACGAUUAUUUACCUUCUGAUAAUUGUUACAUAAUACUUUGGCAUAUAUAUAAGCAAUUAAUUAAAACAGGAGAAAGUUCCAUCAAUUUUAGGCAGCUUAUUGGAUCUUCAGAAGUACUAAAAAAAGACCUAAUACCAAUGUUAGUCGCAGUUAAUGACAGCAAAAUAUUAUCCGUGCUAAUUAAAGUUUUAACUAAUCUUAUAACUCCAAUAGAAUGUAUAAUACUGGAUACCAAACAGCAUGUCAAUAGAUUUGAGCAUUCAAAUGUAAUUAAAUUAAAACAGUUGUUACUGAAAAGUAAAAUCUGGUGGACUGACUCAAGAUCCAUUAAACGUAUUAUACAGAUUAUAAAAAAAUAUAUUGAAGAAUUGUCCAAACCCCUCGGCUGUUUCAGUAUUUAUGCUGUACCAAUUAUAAGUGAUUGUUUACUUUUAAUAAGAAAUAUUCUUAUCGUAGAUGACGACCAGUGCCAAAGGAGAAUGUUAUUGAUUCUUUUUUGUGAACAAUUUGGAGAGACACUUAUGGUUUUGAUUCAUAAUUCGUUGAGAAGAAAAUGGGCAGCACAAGUCAUUGAAUUAAUUGCUCUGGUUUUCCAAAAUGACGAAGUUGCUGCAAAGAUGAAUACAAUUAUUAUCAAUUAUAGUAAAAACAAUAUGGCAUCAUAUUAUCCAUGACUCCAGUAACACAGAAAGAGAAGUAAAUACUUCUGAAAUACAACCUAGAGAAAUACCACAUAAACUUAAAUCCGAUGAUGGAACUCGUCAUAAUGCCACUAUAGUUGACGCUGUCAACAAAAAUACAGACACAUUACGAAAAAAAAAAUACACAAAAAAAUUGCCAAAAAAUAUGUUAAAAACAUUACCAACUCGCGAUGAGGAAAGUAUGGAUAGAAACAUAGUCUUUCUUCAACUUCGAAAAUUCGCUAUUCAUUUUCUACAAAAUGGAUUCAGUACAUUAGUUGAUGAAGUUUAUAGUAUACUAAUAUCUAAUACACAGCACAACAUUGAUUUGUCACAUUUUUUCUGGCUUUUAAUAUAUCUUUGUAGAUUUUGCAAGUUGAACAGAAUUGAAUUGAAAAU